AUGGCAUCGUCUCCCUUCAUUAUCACGGAGCACAUUAUUGGGUGCCAGCAUGUUCGCGAAUACCCUCAUGCGUCGAGACACGGCGACGAUGCGCUGCAGCUGGUGCUGAAGCGGUAUACUCCCAAGUCGAACCCAGAUCCUCAGCCGGGAGAUGUCACGAUCAUUGGGGCGCAUGCGAGUGGGAUGCCCAAGGAGCUUUACGAACCAAUCUGGGAAGAAACCCUCGCGAAGCUCGAGCACCAGGGCGUCCGGAUCCGCUCGAUCUGGGUCGCAGAUACAGCGAGCCAGGCCGCCAGCGGACUGUUGAACAGACAAAAUCUAGGGAAUGACCCAUCGUGGUUCGAUCACUCCCGAGACCUCCUGCAUCUAAUCAACACCUUCAAAGCCGAGAUGCCGCGACCGAUAUUCGGGGUGGGACACAGUCUCGGCGCCGGACAGCUAAUUUUAUUAUCCCUAAUGCACCCUCGCCUCCUCACCUCCCUCAUCCUCAUCGACCCCGUGCUGGCCCCGGACGUCCAUACCGGUAAAGGCGCCGCCUUCGCCCGCGCCUCCCUCUCCGCCCCCGACAAGUGGGCCACCCGCGCCGCCGCCACGACAUUUCUGCGCAAACAGUAUCGCAAAUGGGAUCCGCGGGCGUUCGAUCGCUUGGUUGAGUACGGCCUAGUUGACACCCCUUCAGGAGUCAGUCUUACCACCUCGCGCCACCAAGAGGUAAUACAGUACCUCCGCGCCAAUCUCUCGGGCCGCAAGCCUCUGGAUCCGGAGAACGAGCCAGCGGAGCAUGAUGCGGUUUUCCAUGCGGAUAUCAUCGGUCCCGCGCACGCGGUCGCCCCGUUCUAUCGGUACGAGCCGAUCCUGGCGUUCAAGCUGCUGAAACAUGUGCGGCCGUCCGUGUUGUAUGUCUUCGGUGAGAGGAGUCCGAUUUCAACGCCGGAGAUGCGGGCGGAGAAGGUGGAGCGCACGGGACGGGGGAUCGGGGGGAGUGGUGGGCUUUCGCGGGGGAGAGUGAUGGAGGUUGUUGUUCCCGCUGCCGGGCAUCAGGUCCCGUUUGAGGAUGUGGGAGGUGUGGCGGCUGCGAUGGCGGAGUGGUUGGGGAAGGAGGUAAGGAGGUGGAAGGGAGAGGAGGAGAGGAUACAGCGGGAUUGGGAGGACCGGUCGGUGGAGACAAGGGUGACUGUGUCUAAGGAGUGGGAGACUCAGUUGAAAGAUUCUUUAAAGAGGAAGGACAAGGUUGUGAAGGCGAAGCUAUGA